GGUAUUAAAUUUAAUAUUAUUAUCAAGUAUUCAAAUUUCAAGUGUGAUAGUGUAAAACUUUUACAAACAAUAGUACAACACGUGUAUUUUUUGUUUCCAAUUUUCAUUAUAUUUCAACUUAAUACUUUCCAAUUUCCAUUGACAAAGUGAAUAAGAUAUUUAUUCAAGAGCGCUCCGUUAGUAUUGAAUUGUCUUUUAACAUGGCUCCUAAAAGCGUCUCGAAGAAAAAACAAAUAAAAAACAAAAAAUCUACAAAAGUGAUUUCUAAAAAAAAUGGAACGAUGAGCGAUAGUAUCGAUGAUUCCGAUGAUGGAUCGUUAGAUGCAAUUGAAUUUAACAGCGAAUCUGAUCAUGAUGCAAGUUUAAGUGAGGAUGAUGGUAAUGCAUAUGAUAGUGAUGAUUUGGAUGAAGAUUUAGAAAAACUGAAAACUUCUGACCCAGAAUUCUAUAAGUAUUUAAAGGAAUGUGAUAAAAAAUUGACAAGUAUGCCUGGACAAGAUAACGAUGAAAGUUUAAAUGAUGAUGAUGACGAUUAUGAUGAAUAUGAUGUGGAAGGAAUAAAAUCAGAAAAAAUACAUAAGCCACCUACUGAUUUAGAAAUUGGAAGUGAUGAAAGCGAUUUUGAUGAAGGACCAAGUAAUAAUGGAGGAGAUUUAACUGUUAUUACUUUGUCAAUGAUAGAGACUUGGAGACAAAAACUUCAAAAUUCAAAACAAAAACUCAAAUAUAUUACUACAGCAUCUAAAGCAAUGACAGCAGCACUUCAACGUAUAACAGCAAAUGAAAUUAAUAAACCAACAUGUUAUAAAGUUGAAGGAAGCUCAGUAUUCAAUGCAGUUCUUCAAAUGUGUAUGUUUGAUUUGCAACCUGCCCUUUUGAAAUUUUUGAAACUUCCUCCUGGUACAUCAUCAAAAACCAUGAUUUCUAAAUCAAAGCAUUGGAAGAAAGUGAAAAUGACUCUACGUUCAUAUUUAACAGAUCUAACUAGACUAUUAACAACAGUCUCUAGUGAAGACAUUACCUGUGUACUAUUAAAGCAUUACCACCAAAUGAUACCAUUUUUAUCAUGUCUUCCUACAAUUGUGAAACCAGUUUUGAAAAGAUUUGUAGCACUAUGGAGUGCUAAUGCAAGUGAAACAGUUAAAGUAGUAUCUUUCUUGUGUAUUUUGAAGUUAGCUAAUAGUGAUUUAUCAUCUUAUUUGGAAAUGAUUCUGAAGGCUAUGUAUGUGGGGUAUAUUUCAAAUAGCAAGUUUGUUACUCCAAAUGCUUUACCUGGGAUUAACUUCAUGAGACAAUCAUUGUCAGAAAUGUUUACUAUCAGUGAAUCAGUAUCUUAUAAUCAUGCAUUUUUAUAUAUUAGACAAUUAGCCAUUCAUCUUCGAUCAGCUGUAACUUUAAAAAAAAAGGAAAAUAUACAAUCAGUUUACAAUUGGCAGUAUAUAUAUUCACUUAAAUUGUGGACAGAUGUUUUGUGUGCUACAUUAAAUAAGAAACAAUUGCAAACUUUGGUUUACCCUCUUGUUCAAAUUAUUAUUGGGUGUUCUAAACUCAUACCAACAGUACAAUAUUUGCCAUUAAGGUUUCAUUGUAUUUCAAUGUUAACUAAGCUUAGUAGAGAAACUGGAAAAUUUAUACCAAUUCUACCACAUAUUUUAGAGGUGCUUACUAUAGUAGAUUUUCAAAAGAAACAUUCAAAAACUUCAAUGAGACCAAUGGACUUUACUUGCAUUUUACGUUUGUCAAAAUCACAAUUACAGGAAAAUGUAUUUAAAGAUGCAGUUAUAGAAAAUGUUCAUAGUGCUUUCAUGGAAUAUCUUGUUAUUGAGGCACAUACAAUCAGUUUUCCUGAUAUAGUUGUACCUUUUAUUAUCAAAAUGAAAGAGUUUCUUAAAAAUUGUAAAAAUAUUAAUUAUACAAGAAAGUUACGUACUUUGUUGGAUAAAGUGAAAGAAACAUCAACUGUUUUAAGUGAAAAACGAGGAAAAAGUGGACUUUUACUUCAUGAUUUAAAAGGUAUUGAAGCAUGGGAAUCUGAUAUUAAGUUAGCUGGUACUCCUAUGUCUCAAUAUUAUGAUAGUUGGUUUAAAAUAAAUCAGCAACAAGUUGCUAGAAAAUUAACAAAUAACAUUGCACUUGGAGAAUUCAAUAUUCCUACUUUAAAGAAACAUAAACCUAAAGAAAAUGGUGGGGGACCAGCUGAACUAUUUCCUUCUGAUGAUGAAGAAUAUGAGCCUAAUUUUGGGUCUUCAGAGGAUGAAAAGAGUGAAGGUGAAAACGAUGAAAAUGAUGAUGAAGAAGAUGAUAAUGAUGAUGAAGAAGAUGAUAUUGAUGAAGAAGAAGAUGACGAUGAUGAUGAUGAUGAUGAUGAUGAAAAUUAAUUAAUGACUUGAUAUUAUUUACUUUUCAAGUUAAAUAUCUAGUAAUUUAAGUAUUGAUUUUAAUUAUUCACAAUAAAAAAAAAAUUAAAAAUGUCAA